UUACAAGGUAAUCGAAGCAAUGGUUCCACUCUAUGUAGCCUUAAUCUUAGGCUAUGGUUCUGUGAAAUGGUGGAACAUCUUCACUCGAGAUCAAUGCGAUGCUAUAAACCGGCUCGUUUGCUAUUUCACCCUUCCGCUCUUCACAAUCGAGUUCACGGCCCAUGUCGACCCAUUCAACAUGAAUUACCGGUUCAUCGCGGCCGAUGUCCUCUCUAAGGUCAUCAUAGUCACGGUCUUAGCGUUUUGGGCCAAAUACAGCAACAAAGGAAGCUAUUGUUGGUCCAUUACUAGUUUCUCUCUAUGCACUCUUACUAACUCUCUGGUCGUUGGUGUGCCAUUGGCUAAGGCAAUGUACGGACAACAGGCUGUUGAUCUCGUGGUUCAAUCCUCGGUAUUUCAAGCCAUCGUGUGGCUCACACUCUUGCUGUUUGUCUUAGAGCUUAGAAAAGCUGGAUCUAGUAGUAAUUAUAGCAGCGACGUAAAGGUAGACAGCAACAAUAUCGAAAACGGAAAAAGAGAAAUUGUGGUUGUGGGAGAGGAGAAGUCGUUCCUUGAGGUCAUGUCCCUCGUUUGGUUGAAGCUUGCAACAAAUCCGAAUUGCUAUUCUUGCAUCCUUGGGAUCGCAUGGGCUCUUAUUUCUAACAGAUGGCAUCUGGAGAUGCCGGGCAUAUUAGAGGGAUCGAUUCUUAUAAUGUCAAAAGCAGGAACAGGAACUGCCAUGUUCAAUAUGGGGAUAUUCAUGGCACUUCAAGAGAAGUUGAUAGUAUGUGGAACAAGCUUGACUGUAAUGGGGAUGGUCUUGAAGUUUAUUGCCGGACCCGCCGCCAUGGCCAUCGGUUCUAUUGCCCUUGGCCUCCACGGCGAUGUCCUCCGCGUUGCCAUCAUUCAGGCUGCUUUGCCACAAUCAAUCACUUCGUUCAUUUUUGCUAAAGAAUAUGGAUUACAUGCAGAUGUUCUAAGCACAGCGGUGAUAUUCGGGAUGUUGGUUUCUCUGCCUACGCAGCCGUUGUUCGUCAUCAUCUCCAUGGAUUUUGAUUCCAGAGUUCCCAUUUCUCGGGAAAGCACUUCUCUUUCCCCAUUGCUAAACCAAAAUGCAAUGUGGCGAAUUAACUUGGGAUCAGAUGAUACAAUGGGUCUUGAUGGGUCUUAUCCAGAACGUCACGGAGAGCCAGAUUGUGCUUAUUACAUAAGGACUGGACUUUGUAGGUUUGGUUCUACUUGUCGAUUCAAUCAUCCUCACGACCGGAAACUGGUUAUAGCAACAGCAAGGAUUAAAGGUGAAUACCCUGAAAGAAUUGGUCAGCCUGAAUGUGAGUUUUAUCUUAAAACAGGAACCUGCAAAUUCGGAGUGACUUGCAAGUUUCAUCAUCCUAGGAACAAAGCUGGGAUUGACGGAAGAGUAUCAGUUAAUGUCUUAGGCUAUCCUCUACGUCCGAACGAAGAUGAUUGCUCUUACUUUUUGAGAACUGGACACUGUAAAUUUGGGGGAGCUUGUAAAUUCAAUCACCCUCAGGCUCAAUCAACCAACUUGAGGGUUUCUCUUCGUGGCUCUCCGGUUUACUCUGCUCUUCAGUCUCCAACUGAUGGUCAACAGUCUUAUUCUUGGCCGAGAACAUCUUUUGUUGCAAACCCUCCUCGUUGGCAAGGUCCUUCUAGUUUCGCUUCUUUAAUUCUACCUCAAGGUGGUGUUGUAUCAGUUCAAGGGUGGAACGCUUACGGUGGUCAGCUCGGUUCGCUUUCUCCCUCGGGAAGUGACCGGAACUACAGAAACCAACAGCAGAAUGAUGCAAAAGAGUCUUCAGGAUCUCAAGGAGGUCUCUUCUCAUCCGGGUUUCAUUCAGGAAAUUCUGUUCCGCUUGGGUUCUAUGCAUUACCUAGAGAGAAUGUAUUUCCGGAAAGACCAAGCCAACCUGAAUGCCAAUUCUACAUGAAGACAGGAGAUUGCAAAUUUGGAACAGUCUGCAAAUUUCAUCAUCCUAGAGACAGACAAACCCCUGCUCCUGAUUGUGUCUUAAGCUCUGUUGGCCUCCCUUUACGCCCGGGAGAACCACUGUGCGUGUUCUAUUCGCGGUAUGGGAUCUGCAAGUUUGGUCCAAGCUGUAAAUUUGAUCACCCGAUGCGAGUCUUCACUUACAACAACAAAGAUGCAUCUCCUUCUCCUUCAUCAUCUUUGCAUCAAGAGACUGCCAUCACCACACAACUCAGGAAUCUCCUAGUCUCUUCUUCAGUGGAAGCAACACCCACAACACUCCCUUCUUCUGUCUCUGAAACAGCCUCUGCUAAAGACACCAUUGUUGAUGCACAACACUGAAACCACUUUGCUUUGUCUGUCUUGAACAACAUUUAACAUUUGUUUUGUUUUAUCUGUAUGUACAGAGAUGAGGAAAUUAACUUGUGAUCUGAUUCGCCUUUUGUUGUAAUUUUCUAUUGGCUAAAUCACUUGAAAAUUAAUGCCGACAGAAAAAGGAAAACAUUUAUCCUAAAUAAACAGACCUAAUCUAU